GACAUGGAUGACAAUUUGGGAACAUCCUUAUCAGGUUUGGAUUUCACCUGCCAUGUGACUAGCCCAGUGUCGUGAUUCCAACAUGGAGACGGCAGGACCCUCACCUGCUCCCUCGGGCUGCCACAGGGGUGCCCUCAUAUUCUGCCUCCUCUUCUUCCUCGCAUUUGGAGUCUUUGUCGGAUUGCUCAUCGCGUACCUGAUGCAGGAACAGCAUUACUUCAUGGAGACAGUUGAGCUGAAGGGUCUAAAGUACGAUUCAUCACUACAGGAUUCCAACUCAGGUUACUCCAUCGUUCUGACAUCUGUUUUAAAUUCAAAGAUCAAAAAUGUCUUUACCUCCUCGUCUAUAUCCCAUCACUAUGUUGACUGUAACAUAAUUGCUUUUGGCGAUAUGAACGGUGACGUGAUGGCAACAUUCCGACUGGCCUUCACGGUUUCCAAAUUCCAGCAGUAUUCAGAAAACUUCAUUCAGGACCUGCUGAGGGCAGGCCUCACCUCAGUGAUGCAUGGAAAUCCACUCGAGGUCCCUGAGUUUGGACACAUCAAGGCUAUCAUCUUACUGGGUGCUAGUGGGAAGUCAUUCUACAGUAUUGGAGAUGAUUUGCUGGGUGAGGACACUUGUCCCGAGAGGGCCUUCACAUGUGACAAUGGAGAAUGUAUCAACAAAUUAAACCCAGAGUGUGACUUUGCAACAGACUGUGCGGAUGGAUCUGAUGAAGCACGAUGUGCCUGUGGCAUGCGUAGCACCACGGGGAAUCGUAUCGUGGGUGGUGAGGAUGCCCGACAAGGAGAGCUACCGUGGCAGGUCAGCCUCAGGCUACAUGGACAGCACACAUGUGGCGCCUCCAUCAUCAAUGAAAGGUGGCUCGUCAGUGCAGCGCACUGCUUUGAAGUUGCCCAAAACGCGAAAGAAUGGACAGCCCUGGUAGGGGCCAGUCUGGUGAGCGGGGAGGAGUCAGAGUCUAAAACAAUAAAAAUCAAAACGCUGACGGUGUCUCCUGACUACAACCCUACGACUACCGACAAUGAUGUGGCCGUACUGGAACUGGAGAGCCCUCUCACCUUUAGCCCCUUCGUCCAGCCUGCUUGUCUGCCCGCCCAGUCUCAUGUCUUUAUUCCUGGCCAGAGAUGCGUAGUGUCAGGAUGGGGGUCUCUGCACCAGUUUAGCCCUGAGGUGCCCUCCACACUGCAGAAGGCUGUGGUAAAAAUCAUCGACUCCAAGGUGUGCAAUAAACUGCCUGUGUACAGAGGAGCAAUCACUUCCAACAUGAUGUGUGCUGGAUUCCUUCAGGGCAAGGUGGACUCCUGUCAGGGUGAUUCUGGGGGCCCUUUGGUGUGUGAGGGGACCCCAGGAAGGUUCUUCCUAGCCGGGGUGGUCAGUUGGGGUAUAGGCUGUGCCCAAAUUUACAGGCCUGGGGUUUACUCGCGAGUCACCAAGCUGCGCAGCUGGAUUCUUAGUCAAGCAGACCCUAGCUUGGCCCAUUACCACCCUAAGCAGGAUCUCACUGUGCCAGCCACAGCACCAUCUGUGAGUUCUCAAAAGACACCACAUCCUCGGACAGUUGCGUUGGAUGUGCAACCUGCACCGAUACUUUCUGUCUCUAACUGCAGUGGAAGCUUUCGGUGCAGUGCCACAUCCUGUAUCAGCAAGUUCAAUCCAGAAUGUGAUGGCAUCCCUGACUGCCCCAACCAGGCUGAUGAGAAAAACUGCAACUGCGGUGAGCGUCCUGCGCUGGACUCCAGUAGAAUUGUGGGGGGGGUGACGGCUCGUAGAGGGGAGUGGCCUUGGAUUGGCAGCCUUCAGUACCAGAGAGUCCACCAUUGUGGCGCCACUCUCGUUCACCGCAAAUGGUUACUGACUGCCGCACAUUGCUUCAAAAGUGAUGCCAGCCCUACCCAUUGGGCUGUGAGCCUAGGCUCUGUGCUGCGCUCCGGUGUAGGAGCCAUGGUCAUUCCCAUCGAGCGGGUCCUCAUCCACCCAGCUUUCAACAGCACCAGCAUGGAACUUGAUGUGGCUCUCCUGGAGCUGCUCAUCCCUGCCCCUGUGUCACACACCAUCCAAUCAGUAUGCCUCCCUUCACCAGCCCACCACUUCUUGAAGGAUGCGGAGUGCUACAUCUCAGGAUGGGGAUCCAUGAGGGAAGGAGGUUCACUGACCAGCAUCUUGCAAAAAGCCCCAGUGAGGACCAUUGAACAGGCCGACUGCCAGCAGUCGUACGGAGAAAACCUGACUCCUCACAUGAUGUGUGCAGGUUACAUGGGAGGAGGAAAGGACACUUGUUUGGGAGAUUCUGGGGGACCUCUGACCUGUCGUGAGAGCUCUGGCCAAUGGUUCAUUGCCGGGGUAACCAGCUGGGGACAUGGAUGUGGUCGAGUGGGUUUUCCAGGGAUUUACACCCGAGUGACUUCUGUACGAAAUUGGAUAUCCUCAUACCUACCUUUCUGAAGUUAGUCAGGCAGCAGUUUUAUCCCCCUACAGACAGUGGACAUUGUGGCAUUCUUUAUUAAGUUGCCUAACCUGCCAUUACACUCAUUCACUGCAGUAUUGGUGUGGCCUUGUGAGGUCACAGGUGCUGUUAGCAACACUUUGCAAUCAUCUCAACUUCACUGGAAAAUCCUCUACAUUAACACAUAUUAAACUUACAAGGACAAUGUUGAACAACUGGUCGUAGGCAAUAGGAAAGCAGAGAACUUAUUUAUUCAUAUAAUUUAUUGCCAUUAAAUACUCACCACUCUUCAUUCAGUAUGAGUGCAAACUAUAACUCCCAAAACUAAAGCCACAAUAUUUUUUUUUCUUCUCAAAAUUAUCACCUACAGUGAGGAGCGGACAUAUUUGGACCCCUGGUGAUUUUGCAAGUUCAUCCAAUUAGAAAAUAAGUAGAGGUCUUAACAUAGGGUCUAAAAUUUGAAUCAUAGAUGCAUUUCCACUUAUAAAGAUAUAAUCUUAAAAAAUAAAAAAAAAUCUGGAACUCACAUUGUAUGAUUUUUCAUUUAUUUGUAAUUUUUACUGGGGUUCAUAACUAUUUGUACCCCUGAGAAAAUCAGUGCUAAAAUUUAGUACAAAAGCCUUUGUUUGCAAUUAAAGAGGUCAGACGCUUUCUGUAGUUCUUCACCAGGUUUUCACAUGUGGAAACAGGGAUUUUGCUUUCAUCCUCUGCUUUAUACAGUACAGUCUUCCUGUCCCCUUAGCCGAAAAGCAGCCCCAAAGCAUGAGGUUUCCACCAUACUUCACAGUGGGGAUGGUGUUCUUGGGAUUGUACUCAUCAUUCUUUUUCCUCCACACGAGUAGUGUUCUACUGGCAGUAGCCUUUGAAACUGUGCAUCCAGCUCUCUUCAGGUCAUUAACCAGCUCCUGCCGUGUAGUUCAAGGCUGAGCUCUCAUUUUUCUCAUCAUGAGUGAUGCCCCACGAGGAGAGAUUUUACAUGGAGCCCCAUUCCGAGGUAGAUUAUUUUUAGCCUUUUCCAUUUUCUAGGAAUUACUUCACCUGUUGAUGUAUUCUCACCAAACUGCAUUCCAAUUGUCCCAUCACCUUUUCCAGCUUUGUAGAGCUCAACAUUUUUUUUUGUCUGGUGUUUUUGAAGGUUCUCUAGUCUUUCCCAUGGUAGCAGUUGGACUAUGACUGGCUGUGGGGUGCACAGGUAACUAUAAUGAGCUCAAACGGAUGGUGGGUGGGUGGUUACUCAUGGGGUAAAGGUGGACUUUUUUUUUAAGUAGACUGACAACCCUUUGAGUGCCAUGACUAUUGCUGAUUUAUGAAUAUGAACCUCAGUAAAUUACAAAUAAUUUUUUUUAAAAUCAUACAAUAUGAUUUCUGGAUUUUUUUUUUAGAUUUAUGCCUUGAUGAGUGGAAAUGCAUAUAUGAUUAAAAUUUCAGACCUCUACCAAUUUUCUAAGUGGGUGAUCUUGCAAAAUCACAAUGGGUGCAAGUACUUCUGCUCUUCACUGCAUCCAAUUUUGUUAACCUUGUUUUAAACAAAGCUAAGUAUUGUUUUUAAGUGAAGUGCACAUUAUGUUGUGCAGUGUUGUGUGCAAAAAGGUGCUAUUAACUCCUUCACUCCCAGCCAUUUUUCACAGGACUUAGAAAAAGAUUAGAUUCCCAUUUUAUGUUGUAAAAAAAUGCCUUUGGUAUUUGGUAAGAGUUAAAAAAGCAGUACAGUAAUGGGGUGUUAAAAGAUGACAACAUUGGCUCCCUCAUCCAUGAGGAAAAGUUCAAUGAAAAACAUUCAUCUUCUGAACAAUUUAGAUAAAACACUGCCAAAUUACAAACUUUUGUCAACAUUUGAUCUCGCUCGCAGCGCAAUUCUCGGAUGCAGAAAACAGAGACAAAUGUGCAAAACAAAUGGUGUUACUGCCAAUUUCGAAUAGUGCUUUGAAUCGGAACUGAUUAUUGGUCCGAACCUUACCCAUUUGAACAAAUUUAGAUAAGCAAUACAUUUAAAACAAAGUUUGGCUAAUUUGUUACACAGCAUAGAAGCCAAACUAUCACUUAUAAUGCAAAACUUGUAAUUUUACCCCUCCUUUUGAUUAUAUUUUUAGAUGUGCUGUCUAGUUUUUCUGUGUGACUUAAGUGUGUCAAGGGUUAUUUUGUGAUUUACCUACAGGUGCAUUUCUUUUGCUAUUUAUUAUGUUGCAAGAUUGUGAGAAUAUAUUGAAUGUUUGGAAUACUUCACCUACAGUAUUCACAAGAAUGCUUAAAGGAGGUUUUUUUACAGGGGAAAAAAAAGCUUUGACAUCUGCUUACCAUGUAGAUUCUGUACCCAUUGCAGCUUUGUGUAGAGCCUGAUGGAACAACCCAUCUACUGUGGGGAGGGUGGAGAUAGUGUGACAGCUGGAGAGCAAGUAAGACAAAACUGAGUUUUGUUCUUGAGUUGGAAGCGAGCAUCCAGCACUUUUAAUAAACAGACCAGUCACAAUAAUAGGUACUGCUGCUGGAAAUUAACGUUUUGCAUAGCAGGAAACCAGUGGUGUCAAAAAAUAAAAUAAUUGGCAUCUGCAUUUUGGUAUGAUCCCUAUUUAUUCAAAGAAAUCAAAAUGCAUUUUAUUUACACCAUGGAAUACAUUAAAGAUUAGUUUGAUAGGUGAAUGUCAACAACAAUUAAACUUAUGGUAUACUUACACAUAUUCCAAGUCAAUCAGUCAUACACACACCUUUUUUCCACCUCCAAGAAUUGUGAACAAGGGCCAGGGCAAGACCUAUUAUCAGGCACAAUAGCAGUUUUUCCUUAUAAAAACAAAAUUACAAAUAUGAUACUUGAUUGAAUAUAGUCCACACUGUUAGGCUGCAGUCCCUAGGCUGUGCAAGCCUA